AUGGCGCACCUGACAGCCCCAGAGUGGGGCAGCACUGCCUGGGAUGCUCUCGACCUCAGCCCAGAGGAGCUCACCCUCCUCAAUGAUUCGUUGGGCCCUAGCGAAACAGCAGCAACGCAGCAGCAGCAGCAGCAGCAGCAGCAGCAGCAGCAGCAGCAGCAGCAGCAGCAGCAGCAGCAGCAGCAGCAGCAGCAGCAGCAGCAGCAGCAGCAGCAGCAGCAGCAGCAGCAGCAGCAGCAGCAGAAAUGCCAGCUGCAGUACCAGCAACUCGAUCCCAACCUGCAGGAGCUGUCGAUGGGCCUCUCCUCAAACGAGACCCUGGUCGUCAUCUCGUGCCUGCACCGCGCCGGCGCCGGCGGGCCCCAGCCGCAGCCCCAACAGCCGCAGGCGCGCCCGCCGCGCCCCUCGCUGCCGGCGCUCGACCUCUCGCGCGCCCGCGCCGGCGGCGCGGGAACCCUGUUCGCGCACAACCUGCCGGACACGCCGGCUGCGGCCGUGGCCGAGGGCGAGAACGACGAGGCGGCGCGGCUGGACGUGUCGCAGCGGGAGCUCGAGGCGGUCAUGGCGCGGCCGCUGCAUGCCGGGGCCCCUGUGGUGGACAACCGGUGCUAUGUUUACAAGGCCGUUACCCCGCAGGAGGCCCGCGAAGCCGAGGGCCUCAUCUCGCGCGUGCCGGCCCCCGACGCCGCCCGCGUCCGCGCCAUGUGGGACGCGCUGCUCGUCGCGCGCCGUGACUGCGAGGCCAUGGCCGCGCGCGGCGUGCGGGUGGCGCGGGAUGUCAGCAGGGACUGGCAGGAGACCGUGUCUGACCUGAUUGACCGCGUCGUGGCGCAGGACAGCGAGAUUUUGGCGCUCAAGGGCGACCUGAAGCAGGCGCACGCGGCCGCGGCGGCCGCGCAGGCGGCGAGCGCGGCGCCGCCCGCGGAGGAGCUGCACGGGCAGGUGGCGCGGCUGAAGCGGCACAGGGACCGGCUGGUGAGGGACAAUGCGGACCUGGCCGCCGCGCUCGGCGAGGCGCAGGCGGCUGCGGGCGCGGCCGCGGCCGAGGCCGCGGCGGCGGGCAAGGCACUCGAGGGCGUGCGGGCGCACGCGGCCGCCCUGUGGCAGCAGCACACGCAGCUGCUGCGCCACCACAUCAGCGCGGCGGCGUACGCAGAGCGGCUUGAGGGCGAGGCGCGCGUGGCCGCCGCCAUGGCGCAGCAGGCGGCGGGCGGCUGGGGCGGAGGGGCUGGCGCCUUGGAACAGGCACCGGGUGCGCUGCAGCCGGUGCCGCCGCCGAGCACGGCGUUAGGGGCCACGCGCAGUGGCACGCCGCCGUCGUGCGGCAGUGCUUACAGCACCGUUGCUCAGUCCGCAGCAGCGGCCUCGCAGCAGGCACGGCGCGGCAGCCCACGCGGCCCCGGGGCCCGUGGCAGCCCCCGCGCGGUGAGGGGCACCCCUGUCAGCAUCACGGGGGCUGUCGCCUCCCCGCGGCUGGGCUGCAGCAAGCUCGGCCUCCCGCCCGCUGUGAAGGACCGUCUCGACGGCGGCAGGCACAGUCCCGUGGAGGGUGGCGCGGUCACCGCUGCCGCUGCUGCUACGGCUGAGCACGUCUCCAGCAGCGGGGGCGAACGGUGGGUUGACCGUCCCUCGGACGAGUUUGACCACCCGGCGGACGACCAGGCGCCUGCGUUUGGCUCUGGGCUUGGCGGCAAGCCCGCGCAGCCGCAGCAGCAGCACCUGGGCCAAUUCAACUGGCGGGAGGACAUCGAGGCAUGCAGGGCGCAGCUCAAGGCGGUCAAUGCAUUGUGCGGUGUGUGGUGCGGGGAUGGCGCGCUGCGCGCCGUCUGA